AUGUUUACGACCCUACAUGAUCAACAAACCAUAGUCUCGAUUCAGGUUUUUGAAGGUGAAAGAAAUCUUACAAAGGAUUGUAGGCUUCUCGGAGAGUUUGAUCUUACUAGCAUUCCUCCGGCACCAAGGGGAACCCCGAAAAUCAAAGUGAUAUUCAAAGUAGAUGCCAACGGUAUCUUGAACGUGGAGGCCGAGGUUGAGGGACCUGGUAAAGCAGAAAAGAUCAAGGUCACGAACAAUAAAGGGCGAUUGAGCCAAGAAGAUAUUAGGCGAAUGGUUCAUGAAGAAGAAGAGUUUGUCGAGGAAGACAAGAAAGUUAAGGAAAUGAUAGAUUCUUGUAACGCAAUUGAAACUUGUGUGUACAACUUAAAGAACCAAAUGAAUGACAAAAAUAUAUUGGCUAACAGUUGGAGUGCAUUGAGAAAAAGAAUAUGGAAACCACAAUGA